AUGAUUUGGGAAGGCUCAAAGAGGAAUCAACUGAUUCUUGGAACCCCAUUCCUUGCUACAGCUGGAGCGGUCCUAAACUACUUUGGGAAUCAUCUAUCUUUUGGCCACAUCCGGCAAGAUAUCUUUUUCCCAAGUGUAAAUUUCAGGUCAGUGCCAAGUGCGACCAAGCUACCACCAGAAGAAGCCACUCUCAUCACGCCUAAGAAAGAAGAUGCUGCAUGGAGAAAGAAGAGAGAGAAUCAACUCCAUCUACUUCCAACCUUUGACGAGUAUGGAGCUGAAGAGGAGACUAAUGGUGCACCUAAUCUCUUUCACAAGAUAAGAAUCUUUACACCAAAAGAUUCGGAGCUUAAAGGUGACCAAUCCAUUGAAGAGAAGCUUGAGAGAACUAUGAAGCUUUUCCCCAAGGCAUUGGUUUUCAAAGGAUGA